AGGCAAUAAGAGCCCUCCUCCUCAUUAAGGGAGGGCUCCAAUCUUUAAUUAAUAAUAAUAAUAAUAAUUGAGGAAUAAUUAAUAAUAAUUAAGGAGCUUCCAGGCGUGGCAAUCCAGGCACUUUGAUCCCAAAAAAUUCCCUAAAAAAUCCCUAAAAUUUCCUAAAAAUUCCCUAAAUUAUUUCCUGGAGCGGCUCAGGGUUUGAAACCCCUCCCCCUUCAUUCCCAAAAAUCCCCAAAUUCCCAAAAAAUUCCCGAAAUUCCCGUUUAUAAAACACUAUAUUUGUAUAAAUGGCACCGUUUUUAUCCCAAAUUUUUUUUCCCCUUUUUGUUUUUUUUUUGCUGGUUUUGGGAUGAGGGGAAAAUUCCCAAAAUUUCCCCGAAAAUUCCCCAAAAAAAUCCCCAAAAAUUUGGGGUUUUCCCUCCCCGUUCCCUCCUUUUUUGUCUUAUUUAAUCCCCUCCUCCCUCCCUUUCCCUUUCCCAGAAAAUUUUGGUGGAUAGGAAUAAAAAUUCCCAAAAAAUUUUGUGGGUUUGAGUUUGGAUUUUGGGGGGAAAUGGGGAAAUUUUGGGGGGAAAGGGGGAAUUUUGGGGGGGGAAAGGGGAAUUUUGGGGUCUCGGCUGGCUCCUCUGGGGUCACUUUUGGGGUCACUCUUGGGGGUCACUCCUGGGGUCACUUUUGGGGUCACUGUUGGGGUCCCUCCUGGGGUCACUUUUGGGAUCGCUCCUGGAUCAUUUUUUGGGGUCACUCUUGGGGUCAUUUUUGGGGUCACUCUUGGGGUCCGGGGUCACUUUUGGGGCCUCAGGGAUCCAUCCAUGGUAGUUUUUGGGGUCACUCCUGGGGUUCUUUUUGGGGUCAUUUUAGGGGUCACUCGUGGGGUCCUGAGGUCACUUUUGGGGUCUCAGGGAUCCAUCCAGGGUCAUUUUUGGGGUCACUCCUGGGGUCCCUUCUGGGGUCACUCCUGGGGUUAUUUUUGGGGUCACUCCUGGGGUCCUGGGUCACUUUUGGGGUCACUUUUGGGGUCUCAGGGAUCCAUCCAGAGUCACUUUUGGGGUCACUCCUGAGGUCGUUUUUGGGGUCCAGGGGUCACUUUUGGGAUCGCUCCUGGAUCAUUUUUGGGGCUACUCCUGGGGUCACUUUUGGGGUCCCUCCUGGAUCACUGUUGGGGUCCCUCCUGGGGUCACUUUGGGGGUUCAGGGUCAUUUUUGGGGUCACUUUUGGGAUCUCAGGGAUCCAUCCAGGGGUCACUUUUGGGAUCGCUCCUGGAGCAUUUUUGGGGUCACUCCUGGGGUCAUUUUUGGGGUCAUUUUAGGGGUCACUCCCGGGGUCCUGGGUUACUGUUGGGGUCACUGUUGGGGUCCCUCCUGGGGUCACUUUGGGGGUCCAGGGUCAGUUUUAGGGUCCCUCCUGGGUCACUUUUGGGGUCCCUCCUGGGGUCACUUUGGGGGUCCAGGGUCA